GCUACUAGACCGAGGUUUGGCUUUGUGAGAAAGGGGGGGACCUUCUGCUGCUGCACCGGGAGACGGAGACGUGUUUGAGGCGGAUAUAAGAGCAGUCUGCGCCGGGGCUUCAUUUACAGCUGAUCCGUGGCUGAAGAGGAUGACGCUCUCCUGAAUCUCCACCCCCCCCGGCCCCCUUUCAUCCUUUUCCACACCACCGCCCUCCGCCAUGAACCACACCCCCAGCCCCCACCUGUCCGACGGCGGUAAGUCGUCCGGGGGCGGCCUGCUGUGCAGCCUGGGUCUGGGGUCCGACAGGGGGAUCCGCUCCCCGGACAGCCUCAUGCACACCCCGAGCCCCACGGGUGGAACCCCCAGCUCCAGCCCACCGCUGCUGCUGUCGCCGGGGCCGGGCGGCUUCGGGUUUGGGUCCCUGGGGGCCAUGGGCGAUGGAGCCGGGGCCGACUGGGAGAGCAGGGAGGAGCUGAGGCUCAGGGAGCUGGAGGAGGCCCGGGCCCGAGCGGCCCAGAUGGAGAAGACCAUGAGGUGGUGGUCCGACUGCACCGCCAACUGGAGGGAGAAGUGGAGCAAGGUGCGUGCGGAGCGUAACCGUGCGCGUGACGAGGUCCGCCAGCUGAGGCAGCGUCUGGACACCCUCACCAAGGAGCUGACCAGCGUCCGGCGGGAGCGGCAGGAGCUGGCCUCGGAGAACGAGACCCUGCGGCAGGAGACGCUGCGCCUCCACGGCGACCACGCCCCUGACGCUCCCGACGCUCCUCCCCCGCCUCCUCCUCCCUCCGCCCCCUCUCCAUCGUCCUCCCCGGCGCACCCUCACGGCACUCCCUCCUCCUCCUCUCCAUCCAUGCCCCCCUCCUCCCCUGCCUCCUCCACCUCCUCCUCUCAGGUCCACGUCGACGGGAAGCCGGACAGGGUUGGGGAGGGACCGCCGGGGUCGCCGGAGCCAGAACCGGUGAGGGACGUGGACCUGGACGGACAAAAGUUGCUUCAACAGAAGGACUUUGAGGUGCUGGAGUCGGUCCUGCGUUCCAGGGCCCCCGACGGAGACACUCAGGAGGCGUGGGAGAGCCGCGGCGGCGUUAACCCGUCCACCUCACGCUCAUCAUCCGCUCUGAGUCGGCAGGAACGCAGCAGGCAGCUGUGGGAGGACAUCGGCACGGUGGAGGAAGACUCCAGCAAACUCAAUGCCCUGCAGCUCCGCCUGGACGAGUCCCAGAAAGUCCUGCUGAAAGAGAGAGACGACAAGCUGGCGCUGAGCAAGAGCAUCGAGAGGCUGGAGGCCGAACUCGCUCAGUGGAAAUUAAAAUACGAGGAGCUCAGCAAGACCAAACAGGAGACCCUCAAACAGCUAAACCUGCUGAAGGAAAUGCACCAGGACGAACUCGGCCGCAUAUCUGAAGACCUGGAGGACGAACUGGGAGCCAGAACCAGUAUGGACAAGAAACUAGCUGAGCUGCGAGCUGAGAUGGAGAGGCUGCAGGUGGAGAAUGCCGCAGAGUGGGGGCGAAGGGAGCGCUUGGAGACGGAGAAACUGGCCCUGGAGAGGGACAACAAGAAGCUGAGAGCUCAGGCCGAAGAUCUGGAAGAGCAGCUGACCAAGAAGCGCCGGCAGGCCGCCUCCGCGCUCGACACCGACCUCAAGGCCAUCCAGACCGAGCUGUUUGAGAGGAACAAGGAGCUCGCCGACCUUCGCCAUGUUCACGCUAAGCUGAAGAAGCAGUACCAGGAGAAGAUGGUGGAGCUCGCCCACGCCAACCGGCGGGUGGACAGCCACGAGGCCGAGGUCAAGAAGCUGCGACUGAGGGUGGAGGAGCUCAAGAAGGAGUUGGGACAGGCAGAGGAUGAGUUGGAUGAGUCCCAUAACCAGACCAGGAAGCUGCAGAGGUCUCUGGAUGAGCAGGUGGAGCAGACUGAGAACCUGCAGGUACAAUUGGAACACUUACAGUCAAGACUGCGGCGGCAGCAGCAGAGUCCCGGUCUGUUUGGGAAGAUGAGAUCGGCUCGGUUCAGUGCCGAAAACCCGGACGUUCAGACCAGCGACAUGGAUGAGGAGGAGGAGGAACUGCAGCUCCAGAUAGCAUGACACGCACACGCACACACACACACACACACACACACACACACACACACACACACACACACACACACACACACACACACACACAUAUAGUGAUACAGGAUAUACUUCUACACAGACAUCAGCAGUCACAUUAGUAAGUUGAAUACUGUUGCUCCUGGGGGAAAAACUUUGUAACUCCAGAAAUAGUAACAUUUUGCAACACAAAGCAGCUGCCUUCUUCUCAACCAGCUUUCUAGAUCUUAAAGGACCGCUCCAACAUUAUGGGAGUAAUUUACCCAGCGUCGGAUCAGAAGGUCAAUACCACUUUUAUCUCUGUGCGUCCACGUGUCUGUGUUGGAUUGAAUUGUUAGGCAAUUGAUUGUUGGCAAUUAUCAUUAAUAACAAAGCAAGCUUUGUUAAAGAAAGAAACUGAGAGAAACCACACAAUUGUUUAUGUGGAGUUUAAACGUGUAAGAAGUGAUGUGACAAAGUUACCACCCAGAAGCAAUGUGAUAAAAACACACCUGAUCCUUACGUAGAACACAAACACAUUCUCAUCUACACUAAGACACAGAAAUGUUUGGACAUACUUACAUUUAAAGACACACAGCAACAGGAUCAAGCCCAGCAGGCGUGUGACAGACAGUAACAGGACGUCCGGACAACGUAAUGCUGAAUGAAAGGAUCUUCAACUUCCACCAAACCACUCUAGCAGAGGCCGACACCCAUUCUUACCUCGUAUCAUCACAAGCAUUACACCUGUAUUACACCUGUCCCAUCUAAACUGUGCUACUGUAUUCAAACAAGCCUCGACCCCACAUCUACAUCACCAGUAUUACUAUUUUCCUCCCAGCUGUCAGCUGGGAAGAAAAUGUAUUUUAUGAGCUUGAAAGUAUUGUUUCCUCACAAGGGAAUGUCAGUUGAAUGUUGUUUUAAGAAUUUCUCCCUAACAUCAAAGAUUCAAAUCCCAUGUGUGUAGAGUUCACAUCCAAUGUUGGGAACACACUACAACACUUUUGGUCUCAUUAAGUGGGAAAGAAUCAGUCCCCAAUCAGUCUCUAUGAAACUGAGAGAAAACCUGGACCGGCCCUUUUACCGCACCUUUCAAAUUUGAGAAACGAAAACUACACGGAGGCUAUAUUUGCGUAUUAUUCUCUUUAAAGACAAAGUCAUAUGCUUGCUUAUCAUUUCGCACACAUAAAAAAUAACAAAUUUUAAAUGACUAACACAUAAUAAGGCCAGCACCAGCCAAAUUUACUUGAGGUUAGGGCUAAACCGAAUGUCAUUUAUUCUAUUUCAUUUGAGGCUACCAUCUGUCAUCUUAUUGGAUGACAUCAUCACCCUUAUAAAAAGGGGGAAAGAAAUGAUUAUUCUUCGUUAUAUUGGUUAUAUAAAUGUAAUUUAUGGUGCUGUUAGACAGCUGACACCCCUUUAAUAUAUGUGUUUGCAGUGGGUCCCCCUCUAUGUGCGGCAAGUGGGAGAGCAAACCGUUUUCUGACCGCUGUAUUUUUGAAAGACUAAACUCCAACAAAUAUGGAUUGUGGAAGAAUAUUUCGUUUGAUAAAAACACGAUGUGAAGAGUCAGAAACAUUCCUACAAGGGUGAAGUUUUUUUUCGUACCCACUUCAACCCGACCCGUUAUGAAAGCCGAUCUACCCAACCCGCAAAAAUAUGCGUUAGUUAACCACCCAAACCGCAAACUGAAUUAUGCUACUUAAUGCAUAAUAGCAGCAUCAUAGUCAGGACUAAGUGAUGCGGCGCUUGUUGUAUGUUUGUUGUUGAAAUAGAGGGUGACAGAGAGAGGGGAAGUGAAGGUGGAAGGUGGACUGUUGCACGCAGUGUUUAUGUAUGUUUUUUUUUCUUACUUGGAAUGCUGUUUUGUCACAUUUUGACCGCCCACCCGAACCUGUGAUAUUUCUAGUAAGCAUACCCACGACCCGCGGGUCAACCAUCAGAUCACUACUACACAUAUCUUAUCUGCAUCUGUGCUGAAAUAUCAGGUUUAAACUGUAAAGACAUGCAAAAAAAAAAAAAAAAAAAAAAAAAGCUGAUUGAAUUGAUUUGAAAUUCAAAUGUAAACGUUAUCAAUGAAGCUUCAAACUUCUUGGUACAGCCCUAGUGGCAGUACACACUAAGCAGCACGUAAUGUUGAGGAACAUUUUUUGCAGGGCGAGUGCUGAAAAGUAUUGUAACUCUCAGUAUUAAUCUGUCUGCGGCUCACAGUGAUGGUUUUAAACAUCAGGGAAAGGGAUUUACCUCCUGCAGUGUUUGAGGGAAAUGUAAACUAGAUGGAGGAUGGAGUGAAAUGCCUGUAACUGUGUCGCACCAGUAUUCUCCUCUUAAUGAACUAGUGAGCAUCACGUUGGUGGAGUAGUUAGCACUGAAACAGCCGAAAGAAGAAUGAUGAUGAUGUAGUGUGUUCCCAUCACAACAGGAACUGCACCUCGACAAUAAACAAAUGUAGCAGAGAAUGUACAAUAUCCUUUUGAAAUGAAGAGAUUGCGGAAUGCAAUGAAUGAGUAUUUCUGUGAAGAGGGAUAUGCACCUGUGUGGAUAUGCACAACUAAAGGCUUGGUUAUAUUAGCAUUUCAAACUGCUACUAAUCUACUGUGUUACCUUAUUGGUAUUACCCAUUAGCAACCAGGCUAAGAACUCGCAAACUGACAGUUACAAACCUAGAUUUUUCCCUAUUCAAAGCUCAAUAUGGUUCCUUGAUUCAUUCAAGGUUUAAAAAUAAAAAUUCCCCACCUUUUUAUGUGGAUGUUCAAUAAGUGUUGAUGGUAAAUGCAGUCUAUUGAAGCAAUCAAUUCCUCAGUACUAUAUUGGCACAGAAAGAUGAGUUCUCAGCUGCAGAAUCUGUUGUUCGCCCUUCAUCCAUCGUUGUCAUUUUACCUGACGGAGACGUAGUUAGAUUCAAGGAAGAACUACUAACUGCUAAUUCAGCAGUGAUUUUCUAGCCUCCACCUUUGGGUAGCCGAGGGUCGUACUCUAUAUGUAGCUUAAAAAAAAGAAAGAAAACGUCCCUCUCUUUACUUGUAUUGCAAACUAGCUACAUUUCCAACAGCGAAAAUGGCUUGCCAGAAUAUAAGUGCAGGAGGAUAUUUGUUGCAUGAUGCCUCCAGGUGUCAGAAGCUUGUGCACAAUGCAUCUUGGAACAUGUAGGCACUGUCCACGUGGCUAGGCAAGCAGAAGAAGUCCGAUUUCUUGGCCAAUAUAGCACUUAGGAAUUUUUUGCUUCAAUGGACUACAAUUACUAUCAACACAGAUUGGACAUCCAUAUGAAUAUGGCGAAUAUUCCCUCAAAUAUCUUAGGUAUUGUCCAUGUUUUCAUUUUUACUGGGGAAAAAAAUCCCAUAAAUCCCAAGUAUUAUUAUCCUGUUAUUCCCCCAGGACUGUAUUCGGUCGAGGUAGAGACUCCUCCAAAGCAGCUUCAGACAUAAUGGGAUAAUGAAACACUCACCGAAACCUACGGGAAUGAAAUUCCCGUAGGCUUAAUACUCGCGGCUCCUUUAAAAUGGCCCACAUAUUCAACAGUAGGGGGAGUGUUGGAUAACACGGCUUUUGGACCGAAGAGCUAAUUUAUUUGUACAAAACUUGACUUGGCUAAAUUUCUCACCUGUGAAAUAGCUCCCGUCUAGCAGAGGACACAUUCAGUUGUGAAAGCAAUAAAACAUUCAUUUAUCUUCUACCACCAUCAGCAGUCACUCUCUGCCUCGGCCUCAUCUCUGACGCUCGAAGGGGACCAAGAUAUUUUUACUGAUCAGGACUCUGAACUAUUUAUGUUGUCGUUGUUACCGUGUAGUUUUUAUAAAUGAUCUGUACCACAGUGGUUUUAUAUUAGCUCUAUAAAU